GGGGCCAGCGGAGACCCCGGGACCGCCGCCCGCGCCCCGGCGGAGCCGCUCGGCGAGACCCGGGAUCCCCGCCGAGGCGAGGCACCCCCGUGCCCCGGCGGGCGCAGCCCCCGCGGGAGGGGCGGGCAGCAGCGCCCGGGGAGCGGCGGGGCCGGGCCGGGAGCCCGGGCUCUCAGGAUGUUCCCGCAGGGACGGCACCCGGUAAGUGCCGCGGGGGCGGCGGGGCCGAGCCGGGCCGGGCCGCGGGAGCGAGCCGCAGCCUCCAGCCGGGCUGUCUCUCCUCAGCCCCCGCUCCAGCCCGGGCAGCCCUUCAAGUUCUCGGUGCUGGAAAUCUGCGACCGCAUCAAGGAGGAAUUCCAGUUCCUGCAGGCGCAGUACCACAGCCUGAAGCUGGAAUGCGAGAAGCUGGUGAGCGAGAAGACGGAGAUGCAGAGACAUUAUGUCAUGUACUACGAGAUGUCCUACGGCCUGAACAUUGAAAUGCACAAGCAGGCAGAGAUUGUCAAGAGACUGAGUGCCAUUUGUGCCCAGAUUAUUCCCUUCCUGACGCAGGAGCACCAGCAGCAGGUCCUGCAGGCAGUGGAACGGGCCAAGCAGGUGACCAUGGGGGAGCUCAACAGCAUCGUCGGGCAGCAGCAGCUUCAGCACCUCUCCCACCACGCAUCCCCCCUCCCGCUGACACCCCACCCCUCCAGCAUGCAGCCCUCUAGCCUGAGUGGGGCCAGCGGCGCCGCGGGGCUCCUGGCCCUCUCGGGGGCACUGAUGGCACAGGCUCAACUGGCCACCAAGGAGGACAGAGUGGCCCAGGAUGGGGAGAACAGAGGCUUGGCAUUAACAACCUCUUCCUGUCCUCCCCUCUGCUCUGACAUGGAACUGGGAUGCUCUCCCUGCUGCUGCCUGGCUCCAGAACACACCCCAAGCCGGAGCAUUUCUUCUUCCCCUCCCGAGAGCCUGCAGGAUGAGGAGCGGACGGGGCUGAAGCGCAAGCGGGAGGAGAAGGAGCUGCCUGGGCAUUCUGACAGCGAUGGGGACAAGAGUGACUACAACCUGGUGGUGGACGAGGACCCUCCCUCGGAGGCCGGCAGCCCUGGCCACUCGCCCGGCCACCGGCCGGCUGCACCGCGCCGGGAGCUGCCCGAGAGCCCCGCGUCCAUCGGCUCCAGCGGGAGCACUGCACCCCUCCAGCCCAAGGAGCAGAACCCGACCGACUCUGUGGCCGGCGCUCCCACCUCCAAGCCCUCCUCUUCCUCACCACCCCGGGACUCCCUCACGCCUGGCCCCGGGCCCAGCUCGGCUGUCCCGCUCCGGCCACCCCCGGCCAAGGCCCCCAGCACCGACACCGUCACUCUCCGCAGCCCCCUGAGCUCCUCCAGCCCCUACACGUCCUCCCUGGGGAUGCCCCACGCCGCCCUCAGCGGGGAGCUCCCGGCCCCCGGCCUCUACAUGGGCAUCCACCUCUCACCCCAGGUCAGCAGCGCGGUGCUCUACGGCCGCUCCCCCAUGGUGGCGUUUGAGUCACACCCUCACCUGAGGGCUUCUGCCCUCUCCUCUUCGCUCUCCACCAUCGCUGGAGGGAAGCCUGCCUACUCCUUCCACGUCAGCGCCGACGGGCAGAUGCAGCCGGUGCCUUUCCCCCCCGACGCCCUCAUCGGCUCCGGCAUCCCCCGGCACGCGCGGCAGCUGCACACCCUGAGCCACGGCGAGGUGGUCUGUGCCGUCACCAUCAGCAACUCCACACGACACGUCUACACCGGGGGCAAGGGCUGUGUCAAGGUGUGGGACGUGGGGCAGCCGGGCACCAAGACAGCCGUGGCUCAGCUGGACUGCCUGAACCGUGACAACUACAUCCGUUCCUGCAAGCUGCUCCCCGACGGCCGCAGCCUGAUCGUGGGGGGGGAGGCCAGCACCCUGUCCAUCUGGGACCUGGCAGCCCCCACACCCCGCAUCAAGGCUGAGCUCACCUCCUCUGCCCCCGCCUGCUACGCCCUGGCCAUCAGCCCUGAUGCCAAAGUCUGCUUCUCCUGCUGCAGCGACGGCAACAUCGUGGUGUGGGACCUGCAGAACCAGACGAUGGUGAGGCAGUUUCAAGGCCACACGGACGGUGCCAGCUGCAUUGACAUCUCUAACUAUGGCACCAAGCUCUGGACAGGGGGGCUGGACAACACCGUGCGCUGCUGGGACCUGCGGGAGGGGCGGCAGCUGCAGCAGCACGACUUCAGCUCCCAGAUCUUCUCCCUGGGCUACUGCCCGAUGGGAGAGUGGCUGGCGGUGGGGAUGGAGAGCAGCAACGUGGAGAUCCUGCACGUCACCAAACCCGACAAGUACCAGCUGCACCUCCACGAGAGCUGUGUCCUCUCUCUCAAAUUCGCCUCCUGCGGGAAGUGGUUUGUGAGCACGGGGAAGGACAACCUGCUCAACGCCUGGCGGGCGCCCUACGGAGCCAGCAUCUUCCAGUGUAAGGAGUCCUCGUCAGUCCUGAGCUGUGACAUCUCUGUCAAUGACAAGUUCAUCGUUACGGGCUCUGGUGAUAAGAAGGCCACAGUGUAUGAGGUGGUUUACUGACUCCUGUCACCAUCCCUGCUCCAUCAGGAAAGGGGGCACACCUUGCCCAAAGCCACCAAGGCUCACAGAGGCCUCCAGUGUUGGACCUGCCCUCCUGCAGCUCUACUUUUCUUCCUCCUCCACUGCUUUCAGACUCCAAACAAAGGCCCCAGUCCCAUUCUCCUGCACGAGGCUGGAGGGCUGGGUGUGUAGCCUGGCAGCUCCUGAGGCUGGGCAAGGGCUGGGCUGGACAGCCUGGGCACUGUCUGUCCCUCAGGCCGGCUGCACAGGGAGCUAGACAAAGCCUGAGAGUGUGUGUCUCCUGAAUUACUGCUACUGAUUUAAUGGCACCCAUUUUCUGCUGCAGAAACAGCUGUAAAUUAUCAGUAAAGAAAUGUAUUUAACUAUGUUUUCAAUCCCUUACUAAUAAAAAUGAACAAAAGAAGGCCUGGGCUGGUUCUGGGCAGGGUCUUUUGCCAGCCACUGCUGCCAGCUGUGCCAAGGGCUGGGCUCUCUGAAGGGUGUCCUGGGGGGCUGCUUUUGGCCAGGAGGAUGCUCCCAGAGCAGCAGAAGUGUGGCUGCUCGCCUGCCAUGGCAGUCCCACCUCCAGCACCGCUCUGUGGUGCCUGUGGUGAGCUGUGGCUGGGGGCAGGAGCCCAGAGCAGCUGCCACACCGCAGCCGCCGUCGCGCUGCUCCCUCGCCAGCCCCGCGGCUCUUGGGAGCAGCUCUGCUUGCCCACGGCAGUGCUGGCGGGCGGCCAGACCGAUAAGGCAAGCGCCGAGUGCUCACAUCUCAUUUCCUUCAAAAACCGCUUCCUCCAGCGCCAGCCUCUCUCCCCUGUGCCCUGCCGAGCCCGAGGCUCCACCGGCGGCACCGCGGAGCCGUGGCCACGCCGCACUCUGUGCCCACCAGGGCCAGGGGUGGGCUCUGCCCACGGAGGAGCUGCCCCAGACCCACCUCAGCACGGGAAAGGAGCAGCAAAUUGUGACUAAAAGGGACAAGGGUCCUGCCAUGGUCUCACCCCUUCUCACCUGGUUCCAUCCUGCCCCCAUGGAGCAUCGAGGGUACUGCCCAGGACAAGGCAGAGCCGCCUUUUUUUUGGUUUGUUUUUAUUAUUAAAUACACCCUGGGAGGCACAGAGGGAAGUGGGGCCAGAGCCCAUCCACCCUGGCAGACCCAGAGCCUUAAACAAAUAAAAACCCCACAACAAAAAGUUAAAAACAAAAAUAAAAAAGCACCCAAACAAAACCCCUAACAAUGCCAGACCUCCCCCCCGCUUCUCCAACUCCCACAGUCUAGAUUUAGAAAGAAACCCACAAAGAACAAAACAAGGAGAAAGUCCCCAGGAAAUCCACCCC